CAGAAUUUUGUCUUCCAAGAAUAAUUGACCUUGAAUUCCCUCUUCGUGGCAUCAUAAAUCUAGAGCUGGAAGGAAAAUCAAGAUCAUCUAAUCCAACCCACUACACUCAUUUUGCAGAUGAGGAAACAGGCCCAAGGAGAUUAAUUGGAUUGCCCAUUAGGCCUAAUGAAAAUCAAAGAUUAGGAAAGUGAUUUGUAUUUCUAGUUAUUUUUCCUAUGUUUCUCUAUGUUAAUUCAAGGGGAAAAGGCAUGAAAAGAAAUUUGAAGAGGUAGGCAUAAUUUUUAUUUGGUGAUGGUGAUGAAUGGAAAUCAGGAAAGGCUUCAUAGAAGAUGGUGAUACCUCAGUUAGACUUUGAAGGAAGGUCAGUAUAUAGAAAUGAGAUGUCAUUUCAGGAUAGGAGCCUGUUUUGUUUCAUGAGAGAAGGCAAAAUGAAAACCUGGGAAGAAGUCAAUCCAGUUUGGCAGGUAUAUAGAGUGUAGGAAGGAAGAGAUAAAACUGAAAGGUAGAUUAGAAUCUGAUUGUGAAGGACUAAUAGUAGGGUGAGAAGUUCUUAUUUUAUAUUGCAGGUAAUAAUAAAUAGCCACUGAACAUUUUUGAAUAGAGAAAUGGUAUAAUUACCAUGGUCCUUUAGGAAGGUUACUCUGGCAGUGUGUUAAGGAGACUUGAAGUAGGUAGUAUAAUAAGGAAAUGACUACAAUUUAGGCAGGAGAUAAUGAGGGCUUGAACUGGAAUGGUCAAUUGGAAAUAGGUAGACAUUCUCACCCUUUAUAUACAUCUCCUGAGGGUCACUUAGACCUACUUCCUUUUAAAAAUAUCUAUCUCUUCUCCCUUGGUGACUUCAGCAUCAUUUUUGUUAUCAUUUCUAUAUUGUGACAUAUAUAUACGAAUUGUACAUCUUUAACUAGCUGACAUUUUUCUAAAACAAUUCAUUUCCUGACCACCUAGCCCUAAAUACAUUCUUCUUAACUUUCCUGGGUUUUUUGGUUUGUUUUUUUUUUAAGCUCACAAUUUUCCUUCUAGUCACUCAAGUUUGUAGCCUUAACAUCAUCUUCAGCUCUUCAUUUCCUUCACCUGACCCUCACAUCCUGUGCAUUGCCACAUCUUUAUGUCAAUUCCUUGCUCUCCACUCACGUGGCCACACCCUAGUUUAGGUCCUCAUCACCUCUUAUUUGGACUAUUACAAUAGCAGUCCAAUUAAUCUUUCUUCCUCAUCUCUUUCCUCCUUUCUGAUCCAUCCUUUUUGUAGCUGCCAAAUUGGUAGUCUUAAAUAAGGCACAGAUUUAUAUGACUGUCAUUUCCUUGAUCAAGAAAUGUUAAAGUGACUCUCUGUUGCUUAUAGGUAAAACACAAACCUUUGUAGGGCAUUCAGGGCCCUUGCAGAUUGUCUAUAGCUUAUUUUUUUGUACUUAGCUAAUUUUAUUCCUCUUCACAUAUAUCAUUUCUGGUACACUAGCCUACUUUUGUGAUAUUUCAUAUAUGAUAUUUAAUCUCCCUCUGUGGCCUCUUGGGCACAAGCUGUUUCCUUGCAUGCUUGGAUUGUCCUCUAUUUGAAAAUUUCUACCUUGUAUAAUUCCUAGCUCCUUUCAAACCUUAACUCAGUUUUCAAUUCCCAUAUACCUUUUCUGAUUUCCCAUUUCCCUCAGUGGUUAGUGCCUUCCUUGACACUCCCCCCAUCCUUCAAAAAAUUUGUUUUUGCGAUAUAUAUGGUUUUUAUUGAUUUACCAUUAUAUUUAGUUUCCUGUAGCAUGCAUGCUCAUUGUGAUCAAGAAUGAUUUAGGGUUUUGCUUUUUUUUUUUUAAAUCCUUAGGACCUAGCACAAUACCUUUUAUUUAGAUGUGGGAUAGUACUUGUUGAAUGAAUGAAAGAAAAGAUGAGUUUAGUUUGGGAAAAUUUAAGUUUGAGGUGCCAGCAAGAAAUUUAAGUAGAGAUAACCAAAGGACAGUUGAGAACUUGGCUAUUUAUCUUCAGGAAUGUUCUUGUUAGGGGCAACGAGGUGGUUCUGUGGAUAGAGAACAGGACCUCGAUGUGAGAGGUUCUUGUGUUCAAAUCUGGCCUCAUAUUCUUCCUAGGUCUGUGACCCUAGGGAAGUCACUUAACCCCACUUGCCUAGCCCUCACCAUUCUUCUGGCAUAGAAAUGAUACUUAGUAUCUAAGAGAGAAGAUUUUUUUGAAACCAGAUUUUGCCUUGGAAGAUCCUUUAACAUUUAAUUCAGUUUUACCAUGGUCUCAUUUUAAUACUGCUGGGGGAAAAGGAAAUCGUGAUGCAGCAUCCUCAAAGUUGCUUCAAGAAAAGCUGAGCCAUUACCUGGAUAUUGUGGAAGUAAACAUUGCUCACCAGAUCUCUCUACGUUCAGAAGCAUUUUUUCAUGCAAUGACCUCUCAGCACGAAUUGCAGGACUACCUCAAGAAAACUUCCCAGGCUGUAAAAAUGCUUCGAGAUAAAAUUGCACAGAUUGAUAAAGUAAUGUGUGAAGGAUCUCUACACAUUUUAAGACUGGCACUUACCAGAAAUAACUGUGUAAAAGUAUACAAUAAACUGAAGUUAAUGGCCACUGUGCACCAGACUCAGCCUACAGUACAAGUGUUGUUAUCCACUUCUGAAUUUGUUGGAGCCUUGGACUUAAUAGCAACAACACAGGAGGUUCUACAGCAGGAACUUCAGGGUAUUCAUAGUUUCCGGCACCUAGGAUCACAGCUUUGUGAAUUAGAAAAACUAAUAGAUAAAAUGAUGAUUGCAGAAUUUUCUACUUAUUCUCAUAGUGAUUUAAAUAGACUACUGGAAGAUGACUGUCAAAUUUUAGAAGAGGAAAGACUAGUAUCACUUAUAUUUGGACUUUUAAAACAAAGAAAACUAAAUUUUUUAGAAAUUUAUGGUGAAGAAAUGAUUAUCACAGCAAAGAAUAUCAUUAAACAGUGUGUGAUUAAUACAGUUUCAAAGAUAGAAGAAAUAGACACAGAAGUUGUUGUGAAACUUGCAGAUCAGAUGAGAUUGAUGAAUUUUCCUCAGUGGUUUGAUCUCUUAAAGGAUAUUUUCUCUAAGUUUACAGUCUUCCUCCAAAGGGUUAAGGCAACACUGAAUAUUGUUCGAAGUGUUGUCCUCUCGGUUCUUGAUAAAAAUCAGAGGACUAGGCAACUGGAAGAAACUUCAGAACAGAAGAAUGCUGCAAAAGACAAUUCAUUAGAUACAGAAGUGGCCUAUUUAACCCAUGAAGGCAUGUUUAUCAGUGAUGCAUUUAGUGAGGGUGAGCUACCACCUGGAAUAACAGAUUCUACCUCUCAAAGAAAUGUAUCUCCCAGCAGUGAGCCCUGCAGCAGUGAUUCGGUAUCCGAACCAGAAUGUACUACUGAUUCUUCAUCCAGCAAAGAGCAAAUAUCUUCUCUUACACCAGGAGGUGUAGAGCUUGUGGUCAGUGAGGACAUGAAGUUGACUGACUUAGAGCUGGACAAACUGGCAAAUAGCAUCCAAGAAUUGCUGUAUAAUGCUUCAGAUAUAUGCCAUGAUCGGUCGGUCAAAUUUCUUAUGGCAAGAGCCAAGGAUGGCUUUCUUGAGAAGUUGAAUUCCUCUGAGUUCGUCGCGCUUUCUCGAUUAAUGGAAACAUUUAUUUUAGAUACUGAACAGAUUUGUGGUCGAAAAAGCAUGUCACUACGUGGGGCUCUUCAGAGUCAAGCUAAUAAAUUUGUAAAUAGAUUUCAUGAAGAGAGAAAAACCAAGCUCAGCCUCCUGUUAGAGAAUGAACGGUGGAAGCAAGCUGAUGUGCCUGCAGAGUUUCAAGAUCUUGUUGAUUCCAUAACAGAUGGGAAGAUUGCUUUACCUGAAAAAAAAUCUGGAGAAGAGAGAAAACCUGCUGACUUCCUGAUAGUUGAAGGACAGCCAUAUGCUGUGGUUGGAACAGUAUUGCUAUUGAUAAGAAUUAUCCUUGAAUAUUGCCAAUGUGUAGAUAACAUCCCAUCUGUUACUACUGACAUGCUUACUCGUCUGUCAGAUUUAUUGAAGUAUUUCAACUCAAGAAGUUGCCAGUUAGUUCUUGGAGCAGGGGCGUUGCAGGUUGUUGGCUUGAAAACAAUAACCACAAAAAACUUAGCUCUUUCUUCACGCUGCCUCCAGUUAAUUGUGCACUACAUUCCUGUGAUCCGGGCUCAUUUUGAAGCUCGCUUGCAGCCUAAGCAGUAUAGCAUGCUCAGGCAUUUUGAUCAUAUCACUAAGGAUUACCAUGACCACAUAGCAGAAAUCUCAGCAAAACUUGUAGCGAUCAUGGAUAGCUUAUUUGAUAAGCUGUUAUCCAAGUAUGAGGUGAAAGCUCCUGUUCCUUCUACGUGCUUCAGGAAUAUUUGUAAACAAAUGGCAAAAAUGCAUGAAGCUAUAUAUGAACUCCUUCCAGAGGAACAAACACAGAUGUUGUUUCUAAGAAUUAAUGCAAGCUACAAAAUCCACAUGAAGAGACAGUUAUCUCGUUUAAAUGUGGUAAAUGAUGGAGGACCUCAAAAUGGGUUGGUUACAGCAGAUGUAGCUUUUUACACUGGAAAUCUUCAAGCCUUAAAAGGACUUAAAGAUUUGGACCUAAAUAUGGCUGAGAUCUGGGAACAGAAGAGGUGAUAAAAAUACUGGAAAACUGUAUUUGUGUCUGACCAUAGGAUGUCUCAAAUAUUUAAAGCAGAGCCCAAAAGCAUGUAUGGUGAAAGGGAAAGGGAAAGUAUCAGUGUUGGGAACUGGAUUCAAUGGGACCUGCAAGGAAAUGGUCCUUUUUUUGUGCAUCCUCAGUGAGGGAUAACUGAUCAGGUGUCUAUAACAUUUUUCAUUCUCUCUGGAAACAGACUCAGGUUUCUUUGGACCAAAUCCAAAAGAACACAUAGCUGUAACACAGCUGUAGUUGACUAGAAUGCUCUAUAUACCUUUAUAUUAAAAAAAAAAUGCUUUGCAUUUCUUCCAGUGCAAUGAAAUUCAUAUGAUGUCCCACCUUAUUUAAUGAUGGUACAAUUUAAAAUAUAAAAAUCUUAGUCAACAUCUGUAGAAAAUGUUUUCUCUAUGAAAGUAAUGCUGUUUGAAAAAUUAUUUUUUUACAGAUCUUUCUAUAAAAAAAUAAACAUCUUUUUGAUUGCUUGGAUUUAGGAUUCCCCUUUUUUGUUUUAGUAAGCAGUUUCAUGUUUCAGGGUUUGUGUCUCAUACCUUCUCUUUAUACUGCCACCAAUGCGACUGAGUAAAGCUUUUCAGGUUAGUCUGACCACUUGAAAUGCUGAUCAUUAGUGAUAAUUAAAGAAUAAGAUGUUGGCAUUAGUUAAUUUAUGAAGCUACUAAUUUAAGUACUUUUCAGUAAUAGUACAUAGGGCUGGUGUUCUGUAUCUGUAUUUUUAUAUUUAUAAGACAACCUAUGAGGAAUUUUUUUUCUUUUGCCUUUCUCAUUUCUGGUAGAGGUAAAAAGGCUUAUUUACAUAAGCCUGCCUACUUGUGAAAGUUUUUAUUUUAAAAUUUUGUAUGUUACCCAAACAUUGUCCCCCUUGGGUUCUUAAUUUUAAGUUAACUUUGAUGUGUGCUGAUGUCUGUAGAUCAGAGAGAAGUAGAAUUUUUAGCAGAAUAUAGUACAGGCUGAUGUAUAUCAGCCUGUACUAUAUUCUGCUGUACUACACACACACACACACACACACACACACACACAUAUAUACACAUAAGCUAUAUUGGGGAAGGAAGUUUGAGGUGAUGAAUGGAGUUAACUUGUCUGGAGACUUUUUAUAAACAAACAAAAACUUUACCUUUAAUAUUUGAAUCAGUAAGCACUCUACAAGUAAUAAAGUGCCUGUGCUUCAUCUCACAUUAACAAUCUUACCUAAACCUGUCAGAGUGCCUACCUAACCUUGUAAUGAUUAUGUACAACCAAAUGGUCUUAUGUUGUGUUUUAAGGUUUCCUCAAAAAGGCAAGCCUGUCUUUUUCUUUACUAUUAUGAAGAUGUCAUCAGUUUUUAAACUGUCUAAACAAUAAAGCUAUGAAAAUAA